AUGGCUCUCGCAUACAUCCACGUCAUAUCCAUUCUUCAACUCAUUAUAUUCCUUCCAUCGUUCUUUAUUUCAUUAUUUCUCGUCAUUCGCCAUGGACUUCGAACAAACAGCGGUUUUCUAUUUCUCACCACAUUUGCUCUGGCUCGCAUCAUUGGGGCAUGCUGUGAACUCGCAACAAUCAACAAUUCCUCAACCGGAUUAUGGACAGCGGCAGCGAUAUGUAGUGCCAUUGGUCUCUCACCGUUGAUGCUGGCAUGCUCUGGAAUGUUGUCUCGGGUUAACGAAUCUAUUCGAGAGAAUGUUGGUCGGUUUGCUCUCCCAGACCAGACUUUUAUCUUCUACCGAAUUUUCAAUAUUGCCGCGUUGUCUGUGACAAUUGCCGGUAUCUCAGCCAGUAUGAGCGUUGAGGGUCUUCAGAACCCUGAUACCAAGGCCAAAGUUGGCAUGAUUCUUUACAUUGUUGCAUUUGCACUGCUGUGUCUCCUAUUGGCAAUUAUACUUCUACGCUGCAGUUCCAUUCCGAAGGGCGAGCACCGCGCUGUACUAGCCGUUGCCAUUAGCAUGCCGUUCAUUUUCGUGCGCCUAAUCUACGUUGUGCUCAUUUGGUUCUUGCAUGAUCAUACUUUCAACAUGAUUGAUGGUAACAACACUGUGAAACUUGUGAUGUCUGUGCUGGAGGAAUUUGCUGUCAUUAUUGCUUUCCUGGGUAUUGGGUUGACGUUGCAAGUCCGCAGACAGAGUUCAAUUAUUCCAAAAGACGAUGUUUCAGAUCAGACAGGAGUUGAGGAGCUGCCGUUGCCCCAUCAUCAGGCUUAG